UUUGGUUCUUAACAGUCAAAAUUAAAAAUUCCCGUUCUCUUUCGAAUAACAAAGUGUAAUUAUGGAUAAUUAUCAAAAAAAUUCAAUGAAUUCGGAUGAAAAAAUUCCAUUUACUUCGAACUUGGACGAUUUUCGCGACUGUAUUUUCUCGGAGAGCUGCACCGUUUUUGAUUUUGAUGACGAACCACAUACACCACGUAUGAUUGAUAUUAUCGAGAUCAAGGACACAGGUUGUGAUGCCCAAUUUCCCGGGGAAAUCCCAUCAUUGAAUGUCCGCCAUGGCAGAAAUUCUUUUGGUUCUCCUUUUGAAAAAUCGAGCCAUCGCUCAAGAAUCCCUCGUCUUGUGAAAUCCAAAAUAAAUCAUUCAUUAUUCCAUUAUCGAGACACUAGAAAUGAGAGAUUGACGAAAGGACGUAAACUACCGAUUCCGGAAAAUGAUCACUCCAAGGAAUUAUCAUCGAAUCCAAAAAUUGAUGAAAAAUGCGAAUCACCAGAUACUGGAGGUGCCCCUCAAAUGAUGGCACCUGCGGAAAUUUCAACUUUGAAAUCGACUUUGAAAUCCGACGACCCUGAACCUUCGGAGAAAUUAAAAAUUCACGAUGCACCGAUUUCGAUCCGAGAUUCACGGAGUGAUUUCAAUAAUUUGAGGUACGAGAGAGCGCAGGAAAGAGGAGUAAAAAUCGGCCAGCAGAUAUCAGGUCUCUUGGAGCACGUGAGAAAGCAUCAUCGAGUGCAGAACCCAUCGAAUCCCCAGGAUAAUGCACUCUCGAUAGUGAAGAGGGUCCUCCGUCGGGAUUUAACAAGAAGAGUCACCCCCGAAAUCCACAAAGACACUUUCCCCCAAUUCUACAUCGGCAGUAAUGCGAGUAAAUUUAAACUGUUUCGUUGUGGCGAUGAAUGGACUCAUCUGUGAUUUUUAUCACUCUGAUAGCAAAAUAACACGUAAGGUGGAAUUCAAUCAAUGAUUAUGAGGGCAGAAGGGUUGGGGUGAAAUUGGGGUGAAGUCGCCUGAUGGUUCACCUCAAAGGAAGACCCUCGAAUGAUACCAAUUAUGUCAUCAACAGUGUAACCCCCCUGUCACGGUUUGUCAUCAAAUUGUACUCCGCCCGCAUGUCAGAAAAGUUUUACCCCCUUUCAAAACAUACACGUCCCACAUAAGUUCUACACCCUCAGACACUGAAAAUGUGUCUGCAAAGGGAGAAAAAAAAUCUACGCGCUACAUUUUUCUCAUCCAAUGUAACCGUUCCCCAGAAAA